CAGAUGACAUUUAAGUAUAAUGGAACGAAAAACAUAAAAGUAUUGAAAAGUUGAUGAUAUCGUUGUGUUCUCGUUUAGUAGAGAAUGAAGAUAAUUUAAAAGCCCGAAUUUUUUUCAAUUGCAAAUCAAGCAAAAUAAGCAAAAGUGAGGAAGAAAAAAAAGAAAGAUGAUCCGCAUAUACGCAAGUUUUAUCGU